AUGUCCACCGCGGCCGCUCUUCAGGCCCGCCUGAAGGAGCUGUCCGCUACACUUCACCAGAUCCAGCCUCUUGUCGAUCGAUUGCGCAAUUUCACCGCUUCUAUUGGGCAAGGCGAUGAAGCGCGCCUGGAGCUUGGGGCGGAGAUACACUCUCAGUUGAAAGAUGUCGAGGGAGAGCUGGAGCUCUUGCACGGAGAGGUUGACGCACUGGGUACUGGCUCGGAUAAUAGGAGGAAGUCCUCUGUCAAUGUUGAGGGGAAGGAGGCCGAGAAAGAGCGGGCGGCUGUGAUGGCGGGGCGGUUGGUGGAUGAUUUGAAGAGGACUCGCGGAGACUUUCGGAAUGCCCAAUUACAAGCCAAGCGGAAUGCCGAGCUCGCAAAGCGCAAGGAGCGCGAGCUGUUGCUUUCAAGAUCACAAUCUUCGGCUGAGAAGCAGAAGACGUCUGAGAAGUUCACACAGGAUGAUUUGGUGUUGAAUGCCUCAAAUGAUGUGACCGCUGCCCUGCGCCGGACCCACCAGCUGAUGCAGGCUGAGCUAUCCCGCAGCCAGUUUGCUCAAGAGACACUCGAACAAUCAACAGCUGCCAUCUCCUCUCUGUCGGAAUCCUAUAGCAGCCUCGACACUCUCCUUGCCAACUCUCGCAGCCUUGCCAAUUCUCUUCUUCGCUCACAAAAAUCCGAUACUUGGUACCUCGAGACUGCAUUCUAUAUUCUCGUUGGAACUAUUGCAUGGCUCAUCUUCCGCCGCGUUCUCUACGGCCCCAUGUGGUGGCUAAUCUGGCUUCCAUUUAAAUUUGUCUUGAGAUUUGCCUUCGCCGUCUUGGGUGCUGCUGGGCUUUCAAGGGAACCGUCAAAUGACCUUGCAUCCAGUUCAAUCGCCAGUGAAAUCUCUGCGACUAUUCAGCAGACCGCUACUGCUGUUACGGGUGGAACUGUUCCUAGCGGCGAUGCUGCGUGGGGUAACGAGAAGCCCACAGAAGCUGAGCAAGAUCGCAUCAUCGAUAAGAUCGGGCGCAUGGUUGACGGCGAAGGGAAGCAGGGCGGGACAAACAUUGAUGAUAUUUCGCCCGAGGAGAAGCAAAGACAAGACGGGAUUCCUCGCAAUUCGAAGAAGCGGAUGUUCGAGGCGGAGGAGCCGGUGCGGGAUGAGCUAUAG